AUGAAUGUUAAUGAAACAAUAAACACCGAAAGAGAACGAUUGAAUUUGUUACAUUUGAUCAAAUUGACGUUGAAUACAUUGAUUGAUCAGUCGUCGUCGUCAACAGCAGCACCAGUCUUAGAUGAUCGAAAUAGUGAUGUAACGAAUUUUAUUUUAACGUUAGAACGAGUUCUUAGCUUUCGUAUGAGAGCUAAUUGGCUCUCUGAACGACGAUAUUUUUGGGAUUUCAUUCGACCAGCAUGUGUAGGUUCGGCGCGACAAAGUUUCAUUGAUCGCGUUGAUGAAGUGUCAAAAACGCGAAGCAUCAAAGAUAAAGGUCGUACAUGGAUCAAAUUUGCAUUGAUGGAGAAGAAAUUAUCUGAACUAUUGAAACUCGCUAUAUCUGACUGUCAUCUCGUUCGAAAGUUUUAUCAUGAUGAUGCGAUUAUGACAUCAUCUCAAGCAUUUAUUCUUUGUGAUCAAUUAGCUGGUCUCAGUGCAAUUGACUUCAGUUUCUGCUUCAAACAAGAUGGCUCGGUCAUUGCUCCACUAUUACACAAUGGUUCGGAAAUCGAUGUUAUCGAUUUAACACCGUUUUUGUGCUAUAAAUCUAAACAUAUUAAACAGUUACUCAAGGAACAAAGUAACGAUGAAGAAAAUAAACAACCGAUGCCAAUCUUGGGCAAGGACAAUGAGUUAAAGCCAUUAAGUUCACCAGAAGGAGAAACUGUUUCUCUCGAAAAGUACAAAAUCGAAGUCGAGCAACGAAAAUAUUUCGAAGAAUUGCUUCGACAUCGAGAUCGUGAAUUACAACAACUGAAAACACGUUUUGAAACAUUAAAAAGUGAACGCGAGAACGAAGUGGUGUUGAUGGAAAACAUUAUUCUCGAACUUCAACUUGAACUACGUACCGCUCGCGCUGAAGUUGAAUUCAAACGCAAGAAAUCUCCUCAACCUGAAUCAUUAACUCCACCGCGAGGUCUCUUCAGUUUCGCUCAUCGAAAACUAACUUCACCUACCACUCCAACAAACGAUCGAACUCAAGACAAUGACGAUGCACAAAUGCGGCCCAUUGAAGGUAUAUCAAUAACAGAUGCCGAUCAAGCAUCAAAUGUAGCUGGCGAAAGUGUGAAUUCGAAGAACGAUUUUGUUUAUCCACCUUCUCAAUCAUCUCGUCGUUCAAGUCGUUCAACUACAAACACUGAAGACGAUCAAUAUGAACUUGUUCGUCAAUUAGCAGCUCAACAAAAUACAGCAGCGAAUGAAUUCAAACCAACUUCCAGUCCGGAAAUGGUUUCGUCUGCCACUUCACUUUCCAGUCCAUCAUCUUCGUCCAGUGAAGAAGAUGAACCGAAAGAACAAACACUAACUCAGCCAAUCGCUCACGAAUCUGGCCGAUUCGAACCUAUACAAAUGACAAGUGAACAAGCCAGUCUACUAGAAGAAGCUAGUGCAGCUGAUUAA